AUGCAGGCGCGCCUCGGGCUUCUGUCGACCAUAAUAGUCCUCUGGAUAUCGCAAGCGUACGGAGCCAAUUUCACCUUUGAUUAUGGUGAGGCGACACAAUGCGGGGAUUUUGCGGUGUCCUGGUCAGGCGGGCAAGCUCCGUACGAGCUCACAUUGAUCCCGCAAUACGACAGGCCAUACAUCUAUUCCAUUCCUUCGUCAAGCUACAGCAAUGGGGACGGAUCAUACAAAACGCAGCUGACGGUGGCUGAGAACACAUCCGUGCUCGCUAUCAUGUCGGACGCGAAUGGUUUUGGGACGGGCGGUGUGUCAGAGAUUAUAACAGUAGGAGCCGGGAGCUCGAGCUGUAACACUACUGUUCAAUCUGUGGAUUAUUACUUUGACACUGAUAUGGCCUUGGAUCAAUGCCGUGAAUAUUCGUUCUCUGCAUACACAGGAGCAGUGCAGCCGAUUAAUAUUACAGGAGUCAUUCCUGGCGGAACGACCUUCGUCCUGAAUCCACCUGUAGGCAGCACUGAAUUCGACUGGACUGCCGAUCUCGCAUCCGGGACGUCCGUUCUGUUCUUCAUGACGGAUUCCGAAGGACGCUCAGGCGGAAGCACCCAGAUCGACAACGUCGGAAUCUCUGAUGACAAUUCCUGCCUCACCGGCUCGUACCCGUCGUCAGUCGCAAACCAUCCCUCGGCUACAUCCUCAAGUAUUUCGACUUCAUCUUCUGUCACAUCCACCGCCGUAUCUGACUCCACCAAGUCUACGGCAUCUGGCGGUACUAUCGCGGGCGCGGUUGUCGGAGGCAUGGUCGGGGCAGGUAUCAUCGCGGGAGCAUUCCUGUUCUUUCUCCUCAGACGCCGUCGCAAUGUGCAAUACUUCGCGGACGGCGAAUUUGGAUACCGAACUGGCCGCAGGCAGAAAGAUGUCGAUCUGUCAAACGAGACGGACGAUGACAUGCCCCCGGCGGCAAUCCAUCCCUACCCGUUUUUCAAUCCUGCUGAUGGCGCCGCCGACAACCGCACUGCGCCACACUCUACCAUCAGCCUAAUGCACACUGGUGGCAGCGUUCAUGGCGGCAGCAUCCGUGGCAGCAGCAUCCGUGGCGGUAGCAUCCGUGGCGGCAGCGUUCACGAUCACGGCGACCCCUUGUCCACUGCGCUUUCCUUGCCAGAUCCGUUCGCUGCGCCGACGCACUCGCGACAGACAUCGAUGGCAACGGAAUCCGCAAUCGAGUUUGCACCUAUACCCGGCUACCGUGACAGCACUACUUCCGCUUCACGUCCCGCGAGUGCGACUUCGGCCGCACGCCGCAAAGCCGCCAUGGCUGGCACGUCGAACUACCAGUCGUCUCCGCGAUUCAUCCUGCACACCGAUGCGGAGGAGGUGAUCGAGCUUCCCCCGCAGUACAGCUCGCUCCGUCCGCCCACUAGCCCCGUGGAUACCUCGGCCAGCGGAACGCAGUCUGCGCCCCCAGAUGCAUUUCCGAAUGCGCCCAAUACGCAGUCUUCGAGACAUGCGCCUUCGUUGUCGAUAUCUUCUCGACCAGGACACUCGUCGAGAAUACUAGAAGGCCGGGAUAUUGGUGCGGGUCUGCCAGCGCCGAUGUGA